GCGACAUCCGCAUCAUGGGCAUGUUCGCCGGCAUUGAUCUGGUGACGGACCGCGGGACCCGCGCCCCUGCCACCGACCAGGCCAAGGAAGUUGUAACGCGCAUGCUCCAAGGCGAGGACAAGGUGCUGCUGUCGACGGACGGGCCGCACCGGAACGUUCUCAAGUUUAAGCCGCCGAUUGUGUUCUCGGAGGAAAACUGUCAGCUGCUUCUGCGCAAGCUGGACCAAGUGCUGGCAGAGGUGACCGCGGAUAAAGAGAGAGCGCAGCCGCCCGCCGCUGCUUGUGCUACCAACUGACGCUGCUGCUCACAAGAAAUCUUACGGGGAAUUGAGGUGACUUCGCCACGGGAACUGGCCGCGAACCUGUGCCGGCCAGCGUGGAACGGGUCCCCGCGCUGGCAGAGGGCGGGGGCUCGCCGCACCCACCGCCUUCCCCGCUCGGUGAAACCAGACCCGUCUCCGUCCUGGUCCGCCAUGCGGCGGACGUUCGUUGAAAGCACGGCGGUGCGCACAGGGCAGAUGUUGUUGCUCUGAAUCAACGUUUUGCACUGGCCACGCCUGUCCUUCGCCGAGCGCCGCUGCGAAAAACAAAACGAUGAAAAGGUAUUUCCGAAUACAUCUGAACUGGGCUCAA